AUGGCGGACUCGAGCACAACCGCAGCAGCCUCCCCGGCUGCGCCGCACCAACCGCCCUUCACAUACACCGCCAACCAGGGCUACGAGCAAACACAAGAGGUGCCGCCCGAGGUGCGCAUGCACAGAGGCGCCCCGCACCCAGACCAGCACCCCGACGACGACAACGACGAUGAGCUCGAUGACAUCUUCAACGACAGCGACGACCUCGACGGCGACGACGAGUGGGCCGCCGAGGCCGGUGACCUGACCAAGACGUACAACCGCCAGCGGCAGCUCAACGACGGCAAUGCCGCCGCCCCGCGCUCCAACCAGCAGAAGCCCAAGGCCAACACCUUUGCUAGCGUCGACGACCAGGUCUCGGCGCUGGCCAAGCACGCGGCCAAGAUCCGCCUCGACAGCGUCAAGCAGGAUGACGACAAGGACAAGGACAAGGCGGACCGCGCCACGAGCGAGCAGGUGCUGGACCAGCGCACGCGCAUGAUCCUCCUGCAGAUGAUCAACCGCGGCGCCGUCAGCGAGGUCCACGGCGCCAUCAGCACGGGUAAGGAGGCCAACGUCUACGGCGCCGUCCUGCACGACGACGCCACCGGCGAGACCAUCCACCGCGCCAUCAAGGUCUACAAGACGGCCAUCCUCGUCUUCAAGGACCGCGAGAGGUACAUCACCGGCGAGCACCGCUUCAAGGGCGGCUUCGACAAGGGCAACAACCGCAAGAUGGUCAAGCUCUGGGCCGAGAAGGAGUACCGCAACCUGCGGAGGAUCCACACCGCCGGCAUCCCCUGCCCGGAGCCCAUCAACCUGAAGUUGCACGUCCUCGUCAUGGGCUUCCUCGGAGACAGGAAAGGCUGGGCGUACCCGCGGCUGCGAGACGCCGUCCUCCAGGGCGACGACGUCGACCAGCAGUGGCGGAGCCUGUACCUCCAACUCCUCGGGACCAUGCGCAAGAUGUACCAGGUCUGCCGGCUGGUGCACGCCGAUCUGAGCGAGUACAACAUCCUCUACCACAAGGGCACGCUGUACAUCAUCGACGUGUCGCAGAGCGUCGAGCCCGACCACCCGCGCUCGCUCGAGUUCCUGCGCAUGGACAUCAAGAACGUCGGGGACUUCUUCCGCCGCAAGGGAGUCGACACGCUGACGGACCGCGCCAUCUUCAACUUCAUCACCGCCCCGACGGGAUCCGUCGAGGCGCCCGACAUGGUCCAGGCGCUGGAGAAGAUCUACGAGGCUAGGGAAUCCGCCACGACGGAGGAGGAGGCGGCCAGGUUCGAAGUCGACAACGAGGUGUUCCGGAACCAGUACAUCCCGCAGACCCUCGAGCAAGUCUACGACAUCGAAAAGGACGUGCAGAAGCUUGGAGAGGGUCACGGCAGCGAUCUGGUCUACAGCAACCUGCUCGCCGACCAAGUGGUCAAGCCGAAAGCCGACGGCGAGGCCGAGGCCGAGGGCGUCGAGAGCACCGACGAGGAAUCUGGCGAUGGCGCCUCCCUCUCCGGCGACGGGUCGGGAAGCGACGACGGCACAUUCGACAAGGGCAGGCCACGCGGGCGACGAUUCGAGGACAAGGAUGAGAAGAAGCAACACAAGCAGGCCGUCAAGGAGGCCAAGCGCGAGAAGCGCAAGGAAAAGAUGCCGAAGCACCUCAAGAAGAAGAUUGUUUCGAGCACUUCCAGGCGGAAGAAGUAG